GCCCCUGCAGGUAUGCAGGUGUUAAUGAGCGCCACCCAAAGUACUUAUGAGGAAGAAGAGGGCAUCUACCAGUUCUGCAUGGAGUACCCCAUUCCUGCUUACCUGGUGGCUUUAGUGGCUGGGGAUCUUGUUGCCGCAGACGUUGGUCCCAGGAGCAAAGUCUGGGCCGAGCCGUGCCUCUUGUCAACCGCCAUCGGCAAACUCUCAGGUCGGGUGGACCACUGGCUGAGCGCCGCAGAGAGCCUCUACGGUCCCUACAUAUGGGGCAGGUACGACAUCGUUUUCCUCCCUCCCUCGUUCCCUAUUGUCGCCAUGGAGAACCCGUGCUUGACCUUCGUGAUCUCGUCCAUCUUGGAGAGCGAUGAGUUUCUCAUCAUUGAUAUCAUCCACGAAGUAGCCCACAGCUGGUUUGGCAAUGCCGUCACCAACGCCACCUGGGAAGAGAUGUGGCUGAGCGAGGGGCUGGCCACUUACGCUCAGCGCCGCAUCACUACGGAGACCUAUGGUGCUGCUUUUACAUGCCUGGAGACAGCCUUCCGCCUUGAUGCCCUUCACCGGCAAAUGAAACUCCUUGGGGAGGACAAUCCUGUCAGCAAACUUCAGGUGAAACUUGAACCAGGUGUGAACCCCAGCAACCUGAUGAAUCUCUUCACCUACGAGAAAGGGUUCUGCUUUGUUUACUAUCUGUCUCAGCUGUGCGGAGACCCAACCCAUUUUGAUGCCUUUCUCCGAACUUAUAUCGAGAAGUACAAGUUCACAAGCGUUGUAGCCCAAGAUCUGUUGGAUUCUUUCUUGGCGUUUUUUCCAGACCUGAAAGAACAAUGCAUUGAUUGCAAAACAGGGCUCGAGUUUGACCGCUGGCUCAAUGCCACGGGGCCUCCUUUAGUCGAACCAGACUUAUCUCAGGGAUCCAGCUUGACCGAGCCGGUGGAGACGCUGUUCCAUCUCUGGACCACGGAGCCUCUGGACGCAGGAGCUGCUGCGAACAGCGUCGACAUCGCCGAGUGGCAAACAUUCCAAACGGUGCUUUUCCUGGAUAGGUUACUGGAUGGGUCGCCCUUGCCACACGAGGUGAUAACGAAGUUGUCUGAAUGCUACUCAACCCAGCUAGAAAACAUGAAUGCUGAGAUUCGUAUCCGCUGGCUGCAGAUCAUCGUCCGCAACGAUUAUUAUCCCGACCUUCAUAAAGUCCGUCGCUUCUUGGAAAACCAGAUGUCCCGGAUGUACACAAUUCCACUCUACGAGGACCUCUGCACUGGAACCCUCAAGUCCUUCGCCCUAGAGGUUUUUUUCCAGACCCAGACCCAGCUCCACCCAAACCUGAGGAAAACCAUUCAUCAGAUCCUGACCCAGGGCUUGAACCCGCCGCUUCUUGCCACGACGGACACGGCUGCCAUGGUGGUGGACUCUCCGCCCGCCGAGCUUGAGGACAGGGGAGCCACGCACAGUGCCGUUUCUCUCAGGGACGUCAAUGUGUCUGCUUAG